UCUCAGCACGGUAGGAAAAUCCCAUCAGAUCAGUGUUUAAGGUCUUUAAAUAGAAACACUUAUACAAUGUCACUUUUAUAUCAUGUUUUUAGCAAAAUCUAAUGACAAAAGCUUCAACUCCUCAACAAAAAGAUAAACGGAAGAAAGAGCUUUGAAAAAUACUGAAGCAUGGACUCAGUGGGACUGAAUCUGAUAAAAACAGCAGCUCUUGGGAGACCCUUCCAGCUCGGCAUGCUGUAUGACUGCAGAAACGACGAGUUAAUAGCAGGAAUCAGACUUUGGAAUAAAGAACAACUGGAGCAGAAUACUUGCUCUCGUCCCCAAAUUAAUACAGAGUUUAAUGUAACAGCUUCAGACUCCAUUAAGGACAAAUCUAACUUACUAAAUAUUGAAGGUGGACUGAACCUGAGUGUCUUAGGUGGACUCGUCCAGGUUAGUGGAUCAGCAAAGUAUCUCAAAGACACCAAGACGUCUUUCAUACAGCAGAGACUGACGCUACAUUAUCAUUCAUCCAGCGAGUUUAAAGAACUGACUGUGAAUCAGCUGCCUUCUGAAAAUAUUCCUGAUGAUGUUAAUGGCAUAGCCACACAUGUAGUAACAGGGAUACUGUACGGAGCAGAUGCCUGCUUUGUGUUUGACAGACAAGUUUCUUCAGAUGAGGACAAAAGAACGGUGAAAGGAGAAGUAAAAGUGGCUCUAGAUAAACUGAUGGGUAUCAUUUCACUAGAUGCGAACGCUGACCUGAACAUGAAUGACAAAGAGAAAACUGCAGUCAAAGACUUCACUUGUAGAUUUUAUGGUGACUUCCAGCUGCAGACUAAUCCGACCACUUUUGAAGAUGCAAUGAAGGUUUUUGCUGAUCUUCCGAAACUGCUGAAAGAAAACCAACAGCUGGCGGUUCCUCUGAGAGUUUGGCUUUAUCCUCUGCACAAACUUCACUCAAGAGCUUCAAAACUUCAGAAAGACAUCAGCAUGGAUCUGAUCCAAGAAACUGAGUCAGUGAUUGAGAGUUUAAAUACGGCCGAGAUGAAAUGCAGUGAUCUUCUGGAAGACUCUCCUGCUGUGGCUUUUGCUGCAUUUCAUGAUAAAAUUCUGCAAAUGAAGCAAAACUGUUACAGCUACAAGUUGAGACUCAUGAAGAAGCUCGGCUCUCUGCUGCCAAACAUCCGCGGAGACUUGAUGAAGGAUACGGCACUGAAUGAUCUUCUACAAGAACAUGAUGCAUCUCCAUUCAGAAGAAGUGAUCUUGCAGAAUGGCUGAAAAAGAGAGAAAAAGAGUCUGAGAUCAUUAAAACACUCCUCAGACGACUAAAUGUUUACGGUGCACAGGUGGAAGUCAACAUAGACGUAAUCUUGAUGGAUCUGGAAGAUGGAAAUCUGGUCAGUUACACAUUCACGUCACUGGACUGCUCAGAUUUGCUUCUUUUUCAACAAACCACCUAUUUGAGUCCUCCAACACAAGGAGAAACUUAUAAGAAAAGCCCUGAUUUCAAGCAAAAGUCUUGGCUCAGUCCAGAGACCCAAAAGACCAUGAGGAGAAACUUGGAGAUAUUUAAGAACCUGGUGAAUUCAAAAGACUGUAAACAAGCAAAGUUUAUUGUGUCCUCAAAGGAAAUGGUGAAUAAUCCUGGUUCCUGCAUUCUUCUGUAUGAAAGUGAAUGUGAUGAAGCUGUUUGUUUCACUCCUCCAUCCAAACCAGUCUGUCCAGUCACAGAAGAGGUCAAAGGUCAGAGUGUGGUUCUGAAGGUGGUUCCUUCAUCAUGUCCUGCUACAGUGGAGCGCAGAUUACUGUAUAAAGUGAAGCAGGACACAGACUGGAGAUCUGAAGCUGUGCUGAAGUAUCGAGACACAGUUACUCUGACUGAUCUGAGAUCAGGAGCUGAGUAUGAGAUCAAAUGUGCUGCGGUGGGGAAACUCAACUACACCACAUACAGUGAUGUUAUGCAUCUAAGGAUCAUUGAGAAGAGUCUCAUCUCGGCAUUAGACUGUGUCAAUGAUAAUCUGAGCUUCACUGAAAACAAGUGCAGUGAACUGUUGAAAGACACCACGACAAACACAUUUAAUGCAUUUCACAAGAAGAUUGAAGAUAUGAGGCGAUUCUGCCAAAUCUACAGACAAGAGUUCAGUGAUAAAAGUCAGUCGCUGAUCCGGUCAGUUCAAGCCUGUGAAGAAGAGACUUGUGCUUUGACCAAUUUUCUACAAACUCAUGAAGAGUCUCCAUUUAACACACAGGAUCUCCAGGAGUGGAUCACGGGGAAAGAAAAAGAAUUAAACACAGUUAAUGAGUUUCUUCAACAAUUACUGGACUUCGGAGCUGAAGUGAGAAUGAGCUUAGAUACAGUUUUGUCAGAUGUUAAGGUGGAGAAUGUGGUUUGCUACACAUUUAGUUCCCUUGAGCAGCCAGACGAGCUGCUUUCUGAACAAGAACAUUACCUGAAAGCUCAAACAGUGUGGACGAAUCCAGGAACGUCUCCUCGAGUAUUGACAUGGCUCACUGGAAACAUCAGGGAGAAAAUGAGAGAACAUUUAAUCAUGUUUAAGGAGCUGAUGAUAUUACACAGCAGUCAGUCCACUAAAUUUAUUGUUUCCUCACAAGACCACAAAAAUGAUCCUGGUUCCUGCAUUCUGCUGUAUGAACAUGGAUGUGAUGAAGCUGUUUGCUUCACUCCUCCAUCCAAACCAGCCUGUCCAGUCACUGAAGAGGUCAAAGGUCAGAGUGUGGUUAUGAAGGUGGUUCCUUCAUCAUGUCCUGCUACAGUGGAGCUCAGAUUACUGUAUAAAGUGAAGCAGGACACAGACUGGAGAUCUGAAGCUGUGCUGAAGGAUCGAGACACAGUUACUCUGACUGAUCUGAGAUCAGGAGCUGAGUAUGAGAUCAAAUGUGCUGCGGUGGGGAAACUCAGCUACACCACAGAGAGUGACGUGAUCACAGUCACCACAGAGAGAGAAAACAAGGAGUUUGGAACUGCAGGAAUCAGAGCAGAUCGACAUCUACAACAAGAAAAAACUGAAAGAGGUAUAAUAGAGCAUCUGUUUCACAGACUUCAUCUUGAUAUCAGGCAUAAUGAUAAACUGAGAGCUGCAGAUGUUCUUCAGAUAAACAACCAUUCAUUACAGUACCUUGAGUUUUGUGCUGAAGAAGAGCUGAUUCAGACUUUCCUACAGAAACUACUGAUGAUGAACUACAGAGCAAGAUGCAUCAAUGCUAGGGAAUCAAAUUAUGAGGAUCAAAUACAACAAAGAGAUGAUGACUUAUUUGAAGAUGAGAGUGAUAUUUUUGAAAGCAUGUUUUGGUCUAAUGAAAGAACCAGUCAGUCUGAGCAAAUCCACCCGAUGGAUGUCCAGAUGGCUGUGUUUCAUUGUGCUGAUGUUUUCCUGAAGCAGCUGAUGGUCACUAAACUGUCCCAGUGUCAGUAUGCUCUGCCUCUGCUUGUUCCUCAUCCAUUCACACAACAGAUUGAGUUUCCUCUCUGGACAUUCAGACAAAUCCACAAGAGCUGGAAGAUCAGAAACAGAAACAAUCAGAUCAUCAGUCAAAUCCAGCCAGUCUACAAGGCAGAAACUCCAAUGGUGUUUUUCUUCAGGUCUGGCUCUGUGUCUUACUCCAAGUCUCAGCUGAUGAACAGUCUGAUCAAUGAGAAACACAACACGUUCUUCCACAGGAACUGCUCAGGCAGCAGCAGAACCAGAGUCCUGAUGGAUGGAGUGGUGGAGAUCGCCUGGUUCUGUCCGUCUGGAUCAUACGGUGAUAAAUUCACUGAGUGUGUAGCGUUCUGUAAUCUACACGGUGAUGCAGGAGACCAUGAGAAACAGCUGCAGAUCCUCACUGAAAUGAGCUCAGUCAAUGUUGUUCUUUUAGAAAAACUUGACAGGAAUGACAGACAUGCAGCAAAAUUUCAAAACCUGUACAAGGACAGAAAGCCACUCAUUUGUGUUCUUACUGAGGAUCGAUCUGUUGUAACUAAAAUGGAGAAAAGGAAAUACAAGAUCGGUCUGAAAGACAGAAAUCAGUCAGAUGUAUCUGAAGAACUCAGAAGAGCCAUAAAUGAUUGUCUCUCAGAAUCAUCUUCCACUUUCAGACUUGAAGAUGUGUCCAAACACUCAGACAUCAGAGUAGAUGAGGAAGAUGAUGAUGACUGCAGGAGAGGAAGAGAAGCAGCACAGCAGAUGAUGAGUUUACUGGAGAAGAAAGAUCUGACAGAAAUCAAAGAAUCAUUUCUGCCUCAUCAGGGGAAACUGUGGCAUCAGUGGAGUCAGAAGAACAAAGAACUACAUCGACCUCGAGGAGAUGAGACAGAAAUGGACAUCAGUAGAAAGAUAACUGAAAUUAGGAAAAUACGUGAACAGCAGCAUAGAUCUGAAAUCAGUGAGUUUAUGAAGAUCUUUAUUAAAGAAAUGAACUCAGAUGCUGCAAAUAAUAAGAUGUUUUUCCUCAAAUGGCUCAGAAUCGUCCUGGAUGAAUAUACAUCAGCUGGUCUUUCUGCUCUACAUCACAAAUAUGAUGAAAAGUGGUCAACAGUAUUACAACUGAAGGAGCAACAUUAUAAAUCUGAGCAACUCAAAGAUGAACAAACUGAACUUGACAGAAUAUCUGAGGAACUUAAAGAUGCAUCCUUUGGUUUGGAGCACAUCAUGAGGGAGAUCGGUCAGAUCUAUGAAUCAUGUUCAUCUGUGAAGAAGAACAAGAAAGACCUGCAGGUUCACUUCUCUUCUCUCCCGAGUCUCGCAGCAGAGAUGAUGAUCUCUGGAUUUCCACUGGAGCUGAUGGAUGGAGAUGCUGCUCAUGUUCCUGUGAUCUGGAUCUCUGCUGUUCUGGAUCAACUCCAUCAGAAACUGGGAGACCAGAGAGUCUUUGUGCUGUCAGUUUUAGGGGUUCGAGGCUCUGGGAAAUCCACCAUGCUGAAUGCCAUGUUUGGACUCCAGUUUGCGGUCAGUGCUGGCAGAUGCACCAGAGGAGCUUUCAUGCAGCUGAUCAGAGUCUCAGACGAGAUGAAAACACAGAUGAACACUGACUAUAUUCUGGUUGUUGAUACUGAGGGUCUUCGUGCUCUAGAACUGUCUGGAAGAUCAACAAGACAUCAUGACAAUGAACUGGCAACAUUUGUUGUUGGUCUGGGAAAUCUGACUCUGAUCAACAUCUUUGGUGAAAACGCAUCUGAGCUGCAGGACAUUCUUCAGAUUGUUGUUCAGGCCUUCAUGAGGAUGAAGAAGGUCAGACUGAAUCCCAGCUGUGUGUUUGUGCAUCAGAACAUCUCAGACGUCACAGCUGGAGAAAACAUGGAGGGAAGGAGACGACUGCAGGAGACACUGGAUGAGAUGACUAAACUCGCUGCUAAAGAGGAAGUCUAUAAUGCAAAUUGUUUCAGUGAUGUCAUUAGAUUUGAUGUUCAGAAAGAUGUGAAGUAUAUUCCUCAGCUCUGGGAGGGAAACCCACCGAUGGCUCCAACAAACCCAAACUACAGCGAGAACAUUCAAGAACUGAAGAUGACUAUUAUGUCUCAUGCCUCAAGAUCACAUGGAAUGAGACUGAAAGACUUAAAAUAUCGUAUUAAUGAUCUCUGGGAGGCUUUACUGAAUGAACGAUUUGUCUUCAGUUUCAGAAGUGCUCUGGAGAUUUCAGCCUACAGGAGACUGGAGAUUCAAUACAGCAAGUGGUCCUGGAGGCUUCGCUGUGCCAUGAUGGAAACUGAGAACAAACUUCACAACAACAUAGAACAUGAAGCAAUUCAUGAGGUUGAGGAAACUGAUCUUCACAGAGAGCUGAAGAAGACAAGUGAGGAAGUGGAAAAAUCAAUGUCUGAAUUCUUUGAGGAAGACAGAGAUGCAGAUAUACUGAUUCAGUGGAAAACAUCAUUUGAAAUCAAAAUCAAAGAGCUUCGGGAAAACAUUAUGAGAGAAACAAAGAGGAAAUUAAAUAAGAUUAUUCAGCAGCGAGACCUGAAGAAAAAGAUUGAUGCUCAGAGGACACCUCAUGAAAACACUCUCUAUGAAAAGAGCAAAGAACUCGCCUUAAAACUCAAAGACAAAUCAAAUGAUGAAGAAAUACUGAAGAAAGAGUUUGAUUGGUUCUGGGAACAGUGUGUGAAGAAGGUCAUCAGAGACACUCCUGCAAUCAGAGACAUUGAUAUAAUGAGAGACGUGAGAGAGAUCCUCAGUGACGUCUAU